UAAAACAUGGCGGAUUAACGUGUGCUUUGGGUCCGCUACUUACCACUUCUCGUCGGUAAAUGAAGGCUUAUUUCUUCCACAAAACGACAUAUUCUUAGUCAGGUCAAAAUGUUCCGUCGGUCAAGAUUUAGUGUGCGUCCCAAUGUAAGUACAGCAGGGCGAUCAGCACCUCCGGAAGCAACUCCAGCAAAUCAGGAGGCCAGUGAGGCCCAGAGGGAGGUUGGGGACAGCAACAAUGCUAGUGCUCUGACGGAUAAGUCCGACAUUACCCUGUCAGAAAAAGCUGCAGCUUCAGUGGAUGGCAGUGAGCAAAAUGUGGAUGGUACCAGCUCUUCAGUGGCUGUCCAAAGAAGGAAACGAUUUUCUGUUAAGCCUAAAGUGGCCCCUGGCCGCCCCUCUGCUCUCUCUCGGACACCAAAGUCUCCCAUCAAAGCAGUCUCUCAAACAUCUGUUGAUUGCUCUGGUGCGGGCCUUGACAAGGCAAAAGCAUCCAGUCAAACGGGAACAACAGCAACUCCGAAGGGACUCCAGUCUCCAAGGCGACGCAGGCCUUCAGAAGACGGCAAGCUGCCUAAAAUUCAACCUAAACCCACCUCCAUUUCUUUGGACGCUUCAGAAUCUUCAGCUGUUUCCUCAGCUGUACAGUCAGUAGAACAAACCCAUCUUCCAGCAGACAGUAGCAAACAAUCAGAGAACAUUUCAGACAGACAAGUUAAGGAAGCUCCUCCCAGACCACCAGAUAGACCCUCCAUACCAGACAAAGAAUCUACUGAACUAUCGGAGAAAGCCAAAACACUUGCAUCAUCAAAGACUGUGCCUUCACUGACACCAUCGGCACUCUCCCUGAGUAGACUUCUAAAUGACCCAUCAGACGUACAAAGGCUUGUGAAGGCUCAGAAGCUCAGAGAUUUGCUCAGAGAGGAGAGACGCAAAGAAAAAAAACUUAAGAAAGCUAAGGCUGUUUCGAAGGUAUUUAAUUUAGAUCCUGCCAAAAUGACCAUGCGGGACCUUAUCCAUUAUCUUCCAACGUCUAACCCAAUGACAUCUGGUGUAGAAGAAUUGACCCAAGAGAAUGAGACUGUGCUCCCACCUUCACCAGGAAGAGAAGCGUCUCCAGAGCAGGCACAGGAACCUGAAAUCCCCCCUAAUACCAUGGGCAACACAGAAGAAGAAGCAGAGGAGGCAGAGGAAGAGCAGGAAGAAGCACUUAUGGUUCCUCAAGUCAAAGUUGCAGAAGAUGGCUCACUGAUUAUUGACGAAGAGAGCUUAACUGUGGAAGUCCAGCGAGCCAAAGGGCCAAACCCAGCAGAGAAUCGAGACCCCAUCUUUGAACGAGGCUCCACUACAACUUACUCAAGUUUCAGGAAACUUAACCAUGCAAAACGCUGGACCAGCGAAGAGACAGACAUGUUCUUCCUGGCAGUUAGCAUGGUGGGGACAGAUUUUUCUAUGAUUUGCCAACUGUUUCCACACAGAGCUCGAUCAGAGAUAAAGAACAAAUUCAAGAAAGAAGAACGAGAGAAUGUUUGGAGGAUUGACAAAGCUAUCAGAGAGAGGCGCAAACUGGACAUAGAGUACUUCUCUAAGCUGUUAGAAAAGAUUUUGGAAUAUCAGAGAAGUAAGAAGAAACUGAGAUCAGUGGCUGAGAAGAAAUCGUCCCAAAAGGGCAAGAGAAAGACAAAAGCCAAAAAAUCGGGAAGGAAACUGAGUGAUGUGGAGGAGGAAGAUGAGGAGGAUGAGGAUGGGAAAGAGAUCCUGGGGUUGGAAGAGGAGGAAGAGGAAGGGGAGAAAGAGAAUGAGGAUCUCUGUAAUGAUGGAGAAAUUCCUGUUUCUGACGCUAAGACAAAAAGAGGCAAAAGAAAGAACAGACAAGUUGCUCUGGAUGAGGAACCAAAUGACAAGAGAACCAAACGAGUGAGCACUGAGCAAGAUGAGGACGGCGUAUGCGAAGAUCCUGAGGCAGAGCUUCCUGACAACCACACAGACUCAGACACGUCAGAGAAAACUCAAAAUGCAAAUACAGCUAAGGACACUGCAAUCAAGCCAGCUAAACUCUCACGAGGCAGAGCAUCAAAACCACUACUGCCUUUAGGCCGCAAAUGGAGUAAAAAGCCUUCACCUUGUACAACAGCUAAAAGUACUUCAUUGGAUGAAGAAGAUGAGAGUGUAAAUAAAGAUGCAUCAUCUUUAAGCCAAGCCAGCAGGGAGCCAGUCGGUGAUGAUAUUUCCUCAGAAGGGGAGGAGGAGGAUGCCAUAGUUAAACCUCCAAGACCUACCAGAUGUGGUAGAGUGCCUAAACCCAUCAAGCCCUUGACUUAUCCAGCCAAAGAUGAAGUACACUCCUCUGCAUCUGAAACUACACCAGCCUCAGCAGCUGGGUCCACUGCAUCUGCUGCUAAACCAAAAUCCCAACAGGCAGCCAAGAAGAGAAUCCUACCACAGCAUGAUUUGGCCCCAAAAUCCAAAAAGUGUAAACUUGUCACUCUCACAGCUUCUCAGACAGAAUUUAGUGACGAGGACAGUCAUCAAUGGCAGGAUGAAGAAGUGGAGGAGGUGGAACUCGCAGGUAGCCCCAGUAAAGACAGCAGUGCACCUGCGUUUGUGCCUGCCGGCCUGCACACUCCUCGUCCUGAGAUUAAAGAAGUGGAUGAGACAAUUGCUGAGCUUGAUAUCUUGGCCACUAUGCCUGAUGUUUUGGGCAUUUCCCAAGAUGCACUUUGCCCCGAUUCUGCUUGUGAGCAGGCACAACAUGAGACAGGGUCAGCUGAACCAUGUGAACAUCAGUUGGACCUGUUGAUUGAUGUUAUAGAAUUUAUUUCUUCAGAACAUGCAGAAGUAUCUGAAGAUCAGAGCUACAACGAGGCUGCUCAAACCCUGCUGACCAUCGGAAACCUGAGUCACGUCUCUCAGUCGGAACAGAAUCAAGUAGACAUACGAGAUCAUGUAACAGGGACGGCAUCAGCUGAUGUGAAUGAAACCACCCACCUAGAAAAAGGGCUUGUUUCCGAUGCUGCUGUACAGGAAGAAAGUGCCACUCCUUCCGUGUCUGCAUUUGAUCAUGAUGUCACACAGACAUCGGCGACUGUGGAA